GGCGGCCCGGCGCGGGGGGAGGGGGCCGCUGACCCGGAUGUUCACUCCUGGGCACCCGGGGAAGUGGAAGCGCCGGGCCCUGCUGCGGGGGGGAGAGCCACAGACGCCGGGACCGGGACCGCCGCCGCCGCCGCCACCAUGAGCGAUCAGCAGCUGGACUGUGCCUUGGACUUGAUGAGGCGCCUGCCUCCACAGCAAAUCGAGAAAAACCUCAGCGACCUGAUCGACCUGGUCCCCAGUCUGUGUGAAGAUCUCCUGUCUUCUGUUGACCAGCCCCUGAAAAUCGCCAGAGACAAGGUGGUGGGGAAGGAUUACCUUUUGUGUGACUACAACAGAGAUGGGGACUCGUACAGGUCACCAUGGAGUAACAAGUAUGACCCUCCUUUGGAAGACGGGGCCAUGCCUUCGGCUCGGCUGAGAAAGCUGGAGGUGGAAGCCAACAAUGCCUUUGACCAGUAUCGAGACCUGUAUUUUGAAGGCGGCGUCUCAUCUGUCUACCUCUGGGAUCUGGAUCAUGGUUUUGCUGGAGUGAUCCUCAUAAAGAAGGCUGGAGACGGAUCAAAGAAGAUCAAGGGCUGCUGGGACUCCAUCCACGUGGUGGAAGUGCAGGAGAAAUCCAGUGGUCGAACCGCCCAUUACAAGCUGACCUCCACGGUGAUGCUGUGGCUGCAGACCAACAAGUCGGGCUCUGGCACCAUGAACCUCGGAGGCAGCCUAACCAGACAGAUGGAGAAGGAUGAGACCGUGAGCGACUGCUCCCCACACAUAGCCAAUAUCGGGCGCCUGGUAGAGGACAUGGAAAAUAAAAUCAGAAGUACGCUGAAUGAGAUCUACUUUGGGAAAACAAAGGACAUCGUCAAUGGGCUGAGAUCUGUUGACGUAAUCCCCGACCACCCCAAGUUUCAGCAGCUGCAGAGGGAGCUUUCCCAAGUGCUGACCCAGCGCCAGAUCCACAUCCAGCCUGAUAACUAAGCCGACGCAGGUCUGUGCAGACUUUCGCAGACAAAUCAAAGCAAGAAGCUCUUAAGAACGACCUGGUGGAGGCCUUGAAGAGAAAGCAGCAGUGUUAAAGCCCUGCUCCACGCUAACUGGACACGCCAUGCGCUCGUUAGACCCCUUUCUUAGAAAACUCGUCUUCUGCUCCCCUCCCUCGCCCCUCGCCUCCCCCCCCAGGUCACGGAACAACGGCAUCACCAUCUCUCCCUGAGAAUAAAGCCCAGUAAACACCCUCCUGUCUCUGAGGCCUCCUUCCCACCACGUUUUGCCAUCAAAACUCUCCGUAUUUCCACAGAGACCGUGUGUUUUUUGUUUGCCCCGGCCCCCCGUCUGCCUCC